AUGAGGAUCGGGGGUCUCAUUGGGACACCAAUUAAGGUUGAUCAUGCUAUAGAGUUAGGAGCAAGAGCAAAGUUUGCCCGGGUUUGCGUAGAAGUGAACCUAACCAAACGGCUCUUGUCCCAGUACAAGGUGGAAGGGAUUACGUAUCUAAUUCAGUACGAGGGAUUGGAUAACACAUGUGGGGAGUGUGGCAUGUAUGGGAAAUCGACUGCUAAGUGUACAUGUCAGAUCAUAUGA